UUCCCUUUAUAGAUUCAGAGAUUUGAGCUGCAUAAUCAACCCUGUGUUAGUUUCUUGCUUCAUAAAUUUCCAAAGUUCAUAAAUUUUUCAAUUUUCCGGUAAUCUGUUUUGUAGAAAGCUGCAAUGAAGAUCAACCUCAUUUUUUUUCCGGUGGUUUUGCUUUUCCAUUUUGAUGCAAAAGGAGCAAUACAGGAAGCCAAAUCAUGGGAUGAAUUUGAAUCCAUUAUGAAGAAAGGUGGCUAUUUUUGUUUGGUUCUACUCGACUAUCCUACAAAAGAAGAUAGUAUAAUUAUUGUGGACCAAGCCUGCAUUAGAUACCCAAAAGUCAAAUGCUACUAUGGAAUGGCAGAUCCAAAAGCUCCACCAACUUCUUUCAAUGCACAUUACCAUAGCGUAGGCAUUCCUGCAUUAUAUUACUACAAAGAUGGUAAACUGAUAAAAACCAUCGACCACCCAAGCGAUGUCGAUACAACUAGAGACGAAAUUGAAGCAGGACUCGCAUCGUUGAUGUAAUAUUCCACAUGCGCUACACUGUAUCAUUGAAAACAAUAAUAUGAUUAUUCAAAAUUCCAGUAUGUGAGAGUUGUUUGUUUGUAAUACUAUAUAUUUCUUCUAUGAAACUUCUGGUUUCAAACUUAAUCAUCAAUAAAUUAUUAUUGCUUCAAUAUUCGAUCGAGAACCUACUUAGUAACUUACCCAUUUUGUUCUAGAAAAAUGUAUGAAGUUAGCAGAAUCUUAUUGACAGGUAGUUUCCGUAGGGAAAAUAUUUUGAUAAAAUUUACAACAUAUUUCGUUCUUCGAAUUACAAAUAGUUUGCUCAAUAAAUGAUAAAUUUAUUAGGUGAUAAAAUGUUGUUGUUUAUCAAGCUACCAUGAUUCUUUUAGGGCCGGUUUACGAGCUCGGGAUUCAGCUAAGUUCCAGGCUUCAAACAGCUGGAGUCAGAAAAUUGGCUUUUCGAAACGGGGCGUAGUCAUAGUCCACGUUUAAAUUAAAUUUCAAAAAACUAGAAAAUUUAACACAAAAUAUAAUAGACUAAAGAGAAAAUAGUGUGAAGUUUCAGCUAUUUUGAUUUUUUUAGAAAUAUUUCGUCCAGGAAAAACGUUUCCAAUAAUAGAAAUGAGAAAAUGAAGACUAUCAUAAAAACUUCGAAAAGCCAAUUUUCUGACUCCAGCUGUUUAAAGUUCAGAACUCAGCUAAAUCCUGAGCUCGGAACCGGCCCUUAUUGUCACCGCAAUGAAAUUGCUUACUCACUAAAUGAAAAUUUUCUCACCAAAGUCCAACUGAGGAAAUUGUUAUUCUAAUAUCACAUUCUUUUCUCCUGAAAAAUCUUAAACCCAAACACAAAAAUCAACCAAUGAAAUAAGUACUUAAAUCCUACUCAUGUCACAAUAGUAUAUACCUACAUUUCCAAGAUCUGAAUAGCACAAUAGUAACCAGCAGUUUUCAUUGCUGCAGCAAAAGAAUAUGUAAACAAUUAUUGCAAUAAAAAAAUAAUCUAUGGAUGAUUAAGUUUGAAACAAGAGGUAAAAGAUUGCUGUACUCUGGAUCACAUUGGGCUUUGUUCAAAAUAAUUUACUUUUUACUGUGUGGAGUGUUGAUUGAAUAAAUAAUGUUUUAUCCAAGUA